UGCCAUCCAUGCCUUAACAGAGAGUAGAGUAGAACGAGCACGCGAACGGGAUCUGCCGCUCGCUAGGGUUUCGUUUCGUCCAAUCUCUUCCUCUCGUCCCGCUCCACCUCGCAUCCCUAACCCUACCCUAAGCCUCGCUCGCCCCCGAAUCCCGCGGCGGCCAUGGCGGCGGAAGCGCCACCGUCGUCGUCCUCGGCCCCGCGCCCGCCGGCCGCUGCCGGCCCUGGCUCCGGCGGCGGGGCGGCGUCCCCGGAGUCGUACCUCGGGAGCCUCAUCAGCCUGACCUCCAAGAGCGAGAUCAGGUACGAGGGCGUCCUCUACAACAUCAACACCGAGGAGUCCAGCAUCGGCUUGCGCAAUGUGCGAUCAUUUGGAACUGAAGGGCGGAAGAAAGAUGGAAUGCAAAUUCCUGCUAGCGACAAAGUUUACGAGUACAUCCUCUUCCGAGGAAGUGAUAUCAAGGAUUUGCAAGUUAAGUCAUCACCACCACCGCCACAACCAGCUUCCCUGCACAGUGAUCCUGCCAUAAUCCAGUCACAUUAUUCUCAACCAACAUCAACUUCUUCAAGUUUGCCUUCAGCUGGAGGUGCAGUUUUACCGGACCUCAGCUCCCAGGCAGCUCAAUAUGGGCUUCAGAGGCCAAAUUUUCAGAGUAACGUUACUCUAUAUCAACCUGGGAGUGCUCCAUGGGGUUCUCCGGUGAUGCCUCAAACUGGAAAUCCUCCAACACUUUCAGUUCCCUCAAUGUACUGGCAAGGUUACUAUGCACCUUCAAGUGGGCUUCCACCUCAUUUGCAGCAACCUCCUUUGCUUCAGCCCACACCAGGAUUAUCAGUUCCACAGAAUCUCCAAUAUCCAGGAAUUAAUCCUUCUUUACCAUCUGGGCUUCAAAAACUGUCAGAACUCCAACCCUCAUUGAUGCAACCACCUGUUACUAGUCAAGGUCCUUCGUCAGGUAUCCUGCCUGCUACAACAGCUCCUGCUUCUGCUUCCUUAUUAGCUCCAGAAAGUUCAAAGCCUCUGCUACCAAACAUGGGAUCGAUGUUUACUAUGGCAUCUCUUGGUGCCACUUUUCCUUUUGCAAGCCAUCCAACUUCCAUGGCUGAAACUAGUGCAACAGUGUCACAGCACUUAACUGAUCUUGGUAACAGCAAGGCAGCUCUUCUAGGCUCAACACUGGCAUACCAAACAGUAUCUCAGUCAGUUUCUUCGACUGUUGCCACAUCUAGCUCAGCCCAAGUUGAGAUGCCUAUGCCUUUGUUGGCUCCAUCAGGUCAAUUAUUGCAGAACACGACAUCCAUGCUUUCAUCCUCACAAUCCAUGCAGACACCUGUACAGUUGGGCAGCAAAGAAGUCAAGUCAGUUGAGCCUAAGGCUAAGGUUGCAGAACCAUUGCUACCUGACCCUUUGCUACCCUAUCCACCAUCACGUGGUCCGCCUGAAAAUAAGGAGCCUAUACUACCAUUCCCGAAACGGACACCUCAAAAGUACAAUGGAUCUGGUUCGCACAACCAUCACAACUUUAGGGGCCGUGGAAGGGGUAGAGGGAGUGUGUUUUCACAGUCUGUAACAGCAUUUACUGAAGAAUUUGAUUUCACGGCCAUGAAUGAGAAGUUUAACAAAGAUGAAGUCUGGGGUCAUCUUGGUAAGAAAUCCCAGUCAAGGGAUAACGAUGGUGAGCUGGGAGAUGAUGUGUUUGAUGAAGACCUGGAUGUUGAGGAAACAGACAACCCAGAGUUGGCUGUCAAGCCUGUUUAUGUCAAGGACGACUUUUUUGAUUCCCUUUCUAGUGGAAUAUUUGGGCGUGGAGGGCCAAAUGGAAGGGGCAGAUUUUCAGAACGGCGGAGAGUAGACACAGAGACAUUUGGUGAUUUUCCAAGGCAUCGACAGCCCUAUCGUGGUGGCACCAGUGGUUAUCGUGGUGGCACCAGUGGUUAUCGUGGUGGUGGUCGUUCCCGUGGUUCGUACUAUGGUGGCAGAGGCUAUGGAAACAUGGGGAUGGGCGGCCCUGGAAAUUCUUAUCCUCACCGUGGGCCGUAUGGGAGAGAUUGAUUGUAGCAGACGUGCUGUCAGCCAUACCUGCGGGUGUUGUAGUUUUUACCAUAUGCAAAAUGCAUCUUACUUUUCUACAAAUAAAGUGAACUUACCUUGUCAUUUGCAUGCACCUUGCCUAGACAUGGCCAGUAGCGUUUGGUCAUCGAUGUGGUUUAUACUCAGCAUUUUGUAGGAGUUACAAGUAGAUGAGCAACUGAUGCUUUGACGUAUAAGCUUGUGGCCCUUGUUGUGUACCAUGCGUUUGAGAUUUAGCUGUACAGGCCAAUCUCGAUUCGGGUGCACAAUGCUGGGUGUAACUCAGUAACUUUACCUCUUUUCAGAUUAGCUGUGUUGUCUGUUUUGUAUCGGUGAUAGUGUAACUUGAAUUUCACUGCUUACCAGAAGUCUUAAAUUGUAUCA